AGGCCGAUGACGACCUCAACCCGCCUGCCAACAACUACCUCCUCACUGCUGGCAUAGCCGCUGCAGUGGCCCUGCUGGUCGGUGCCGGUGUCUUUUACCACGAUGACAUCAAAUCCUUCCUGGACAUCUUUGUGGCGGAUGUUGAGUCCCUGGGGCCCCUGGGGUAUGUUGUGUACGCGGUGGUGUACACGGUGCUGGAGAUCCUGGCAGUGCCCGCGGCCCCGCUGACGCUGGCAGCAGGAUACCUGUUUGGCUCGGUGGCUGCCACGGCGGUGGUGUCCGUGUCUGCGACAGUCGCGGCAGUGUCAGCAUUCCUCAUCUCAAGGUACCUGCUGCGGGACAAGGUCUUGGAGUGGGCCAACGACAACAAGACGUUCGCUGCGGUGGAUAAGGCGUUGAAGAAAGAUGCAUUCAAGUGCGUCUUCCUACUGCGCCUCAGCCCCCUCAUGCCAUUUGCCGCCAGCAACUACCUCUACGGCCUUACAUCCAUCGACCUGGGGCCAUACACGCUGGGCAGCUGGCUAGGCAUGCUGCCAGGAACCUUUGCUUAUGUCAGCGCAGGCAGUGUGGGGCGGACGCUGACGGAGGGGGCCCCUGGGAGCGGCGGGGGAGCCUGGCAGCAACUGGCAGCGGGAGUGGUGCUAACUAUUGGCGCGAUCACGUUCAUUGGGAGGCUGGCGACCACAGCGCUUAAAGAGAUCGAAGAAGAGGAGGAAGCGGAGGCGGCGGCACGGGAGGCGGCGGAGGGCGGGGCGCAGUGA